AUGGAAGAGAAGAUAAACACAGAGCUUUCGAGAACAGAGUUUUCUUCGCAAGAAGAUCUCAAGAAGCAUGUGCUUUUUGUCCAAGCGAUGAUAAGGGACUAUGAAAAGCAUCUGUACGAGGAGGGAAGAUACGACGAUCCGUCUAAAAGCAAUGUAAGGCACUGGAGAGACAAGUUGUACAGGACAGUCCAAGAGCACAGGGACAUCUCAGAAAGCGCCGAAAAUCUUGACGAGCUCGAGAAUACUGCGCGGCUUGUCCAUAGACAAAUAGGAAAAGCCGAUGCCAAUCAGCAGAUACUAGAUAGAAGUACCCUGAAGCUUAUGGGACUGAACUAUACCAGCAAUGACAUUGAGAAGGCCCUGACGGAUACCAGAAACAAGCUCAAGGAGAAUCAGAAGCAGGAGAGGUUUGAGACACUCCUAGUUUUGAUCGCCCUCCUGGUGUUCAUACUCAUCUGUGUCUUGAUACUGUUUGACAAAUUUGUUUCAAGUAGUUGA